AUGCUUUCUCUUUUAAACCCUCCAUUUCUUCCCCUUUUACCUUUGCUUUAUAAUAUUCUUCAUUUUUCUUUCAUUGUUUUUUCUAUUUCAUUUCCUCCUUCUUACUCUUUCUCUCUUUCGUUUCUCCUCUGUUUUCUUUGCUGUCUAAUUUCCUUCACUUUUCUUUCAUUCUGUCCUUCUCUUUUUCUUAUUCUCUCUUCCUUUAACCUUUUAAAAUCCUUCUUUUUCCUUUCAUGUUUUCCUCCUCUUCUCUCUAUCUUCUUUACCUUUUCAUCUUUCUCUAAUCGUUCUCCUACCUACUUUCUCUAUUUCUUUUACUUUCUUUUUUCUUCAUAUUUCUCUUUCCCACAUUACUCUUUCUCUCCGAUUUUCGAUUUCUUUCUUUCUCAAUCUCCAUUUCACUCAUCUUUCUUCUUCUCAUUUCUUUUUCUCAUCCAUUGUUACUUUUCAUUUCUAUUUCCUCUUCUCCACCCUUCUUAUUACUUUCAUCUCUUUCUCAUUUUUUCUCUUUCUCACUCUUCAUCUCUUUCUACUUCUUCCUCUGCAUUUUCUUCAUCUCUCUCUCAGCCUUUCUCUCUACUUCUAAUUCUUCAUCUUUCUUUUCCUUCCACAUCUCCCCCUUCUUAUUUCCUUUAUCCUUCUCUCAUCAUUUCUCUCUCUUUCUCACUCUGCAUCUUUUGUUCUCACAUCUCCCUUCUUAUUUCAUUCAUUUCUCUCUCAUCAUUUCUCUCUCUCCCUCACACACACACAUACUUUUCUUUAUUUCUCUUUCCUCUUUGCCACCAUUCAUUUUUCGUUCAUUUUUCGUUCAUCUUUCUUUCUCUUUCUCACUUUUCUUCUCCUUUUCCUUCUUCUUCUCCCUCCUCUAUUUCCUUUGCAUUCUCAUGCCUUUCAUCCUUCUCUCUUAUGACGUCUCUCUAUUUAUCAUUUUCUCCUCCUUGCUUUUCUUCCCUUUCUCUUUUUAUUCUCUUUAUCUCUGAAAGCAAUAAUCUCAUAUCUUUAUGCAACAAAAGCAGAUGCUUCAGUGAAAUGAAAAGCAGCCAUUGA